AAUUGUAUCAAAUGUUUGAAAAAGAAAGGGGGAAACCACCUGUGAUUUAGAUAAAUUUAUCUUCCUUCACAUUAAAUUCCAUAUCGCUUUCAGUAGGUGUUAUGUGUCAAAAACAGAUGUAGUGAUAUUUUACUGAAUAUCCUAACACGUUUUAGAAUCGUUUCGGUCACUUGAAAAAUUCAUUUUUAAAAAUUCUUAACAGUGAUUGGUGCAAAAUGGAAGGGAAUUCCUUCUAUUCUUUGCUGUUUGUUGUGUUAGGGAUUCUAUCAAUUCUGAAAGAUGUAGAUGCAUUCAGAAUUGACGAUGACAGAAUUCUAACAAACAGAGUGGAAACACAAUUUGCAGAAGAUAAGUUUCAAGAAGACAUUAAAAUUAAAGUUGUUGAACGGCCUCUGUUUAUUGGAUCAUAUAACGUUCAAACUCUUGGAAAGAAAAAAUUAGGCAAUGACGACAUAAUGAUUAAUUUAGAAAGGGUAGUUCAUCGUUAUGAUUUGAUUCUUAUAACGGAAUUAAUGACAAAUGAUAAGCGAUUGAUUGGAAGAUUUCUUAGCAAUGUCAACAGAUUUGCCCCUGAAGGAGUCACGUAUAAUUUGACAAUGAAUAAUGAUAUAAUAACAAACGAGUUCAGCGCAUUCUUAUACAGAGUAGAUAAAUUGAAAGUGAUAAAAGUGGAUUCCUACUCAGAUCCAAGAAAAUUCUACCGGUCACCUUACUUUGUUCUCUUUCAAUCACCAACAUUGAGAGAUAUGAAGCGAUUCGGUGUCAUUGGAUUUCAUGUAAAGCCAUCUCAAGCAGUGCAGGAGAUAAGUGCCUUAGCAGACGUCUAUGACUUCAUGAAAAUGAAGCAUAAAGUGGAGGAUAUUUUGUUGAUGGGUGAUUUCAACGCGGAUUGUUCUUACGUGAAAGAGGACGAUUGGGAAAAAAUUUCUCUCUGGACAAGACCUGAGUUUACUUGGCCAAUCGGUCACGGUACAGACACAACAACCAAUUACAGAAGUUGUACACUUGACAGGUUUGUAUAUGCGGGUGAAAAUAUGAACAGCGGUGUCAUCCUAGCUUCAGCCAGAUCUUUAGAUUUGCAGCAAGAAUUCGGACUUUCAUUACAAGAGGUAAGGUCUCUGUCAGAUCACAAGCCUAUUGAAAUAAAAAUACGAGGAAAAAUGUCAGACACGGGUGAACAACAUCUCACUUCAGAAAGUUGCUUUACAGUCAAAGAUUCGAGAAUGCCAAAUGUCACCCAGUCAGAAGCCGUAGAAGCUGGCAAAGCUGCUCACUACACAACCCAGGUAUCCCAAUCAGGCACUAUAUUCAUGAAAAAUUCCACUAAAGACUUCGAGGACAUGAUGGGUGCUUUGAAAAGUCUUAAAAGAGCCAUGCCACUCACUUUUACGAACGAGCAGUAUGAAGCCAUAUUGUACAAGUUGGAAGAAGGAGCAUUGGAAGACAGAAGCUCUUACGCCGAUGAACAAAAUGUUUUCUUCGGAAUAGACUAUUCAAUUUUAAAAAAUCAUUGUGCUAUUAUGGUUUGUAAAACCAGUACAAUAAAUUAGAGCUUUUAUACGUUUAAAA